AUGUACUCGGGAGAAAUUAACGCUCUCAAGGAUGAGGGAAGUUGCAUUGUUUGCCCAAUAGGGCGAGCAUUUGCGGAUGGGCAGAAUUACGACCUUCCGAUCAGGAUUCGUACUCCUAUCAAGCGUAGUAUUUACAAAAGAAAUUUCCUGAACAAAGUAACCUCCGUUUGUUUUCUGAUCGUCAUAUUUGAAGAACCUAUUGUUGAAUUUCGUAUUUACCCGGAGUUCGAUUUGAAGUAUAUAAGAGCGGAAGGUAUUGGGCCAGGUGCAGCCAAUGAAGGUCUCCUCUUUUAUGGAGCACAUUGA